AUGGACCAACAGAAUCGAUCAUCACUGACUGAAUUCAUUCUGAUGGGGGUCACAAAGCAGGCUGAACUUCAGGCUCCCCUUUUGGGGGUCUUCCUCAUCAUCUACACAAUCACAGUGGUGGGAAAUCUGGGCAUGAUCAUCUUAACUCAAGUGGAUUCCCGGCUACACACACCUAUGUACUUUUUUAUCAAACACUUGGCUUUCAUUGAUCUUGGUAAUUCUACUGUCAUUUGUCCCAAGAUGCUGGUGAAUUUUGUUGUGGAUCAAAAUACCAUUUCCUAUUAUGCAUGUGCCACACAAUUGGCUUUCUUCCUUAUGUUCAUUAUCAGUGAAUUUUUUAUCUUGUCGGCCAUGGCCUAUGACCGCUACUUGGCUAUCUGCAACCCUCUGCUGUACAAUGUUAUCAUGUCCCAGAGACUUUGUUAUAUGCUGGUAGGCAUUCCAUAUCUCUACAGUACCUUUCAGGCACUCAUGUUUACUAUUAAGAUUUUUACACUGACUUUUUGCGGCUCUAAUGUCAUCAGUCAUUUCUACUGUGAUGACAUUCCCUUGUUACUUAUGCUCUGCUCAAAUGCACAAGAAAUAGAAUUGUUGAUCAUACUGUUUUCAGCAUUUAAUUUGAUCUCUUCCCUCCUGAUCAUCCUAAUGUCCUACAUACUGAUCCUGAUAGCGAUAUUUCAAAUGUGUUCUGCAGAGAGCAGGAAAAAAGCUUUCUCCACAUGUGGUUCUCAUCUGAUGGUGGUGGUGGUGUUCUAUGGGUCUCUACUAUUUAUGUAUAUGCAGCCCAACUCCACUCACUCCUUUGAUACAGAUAAAAUGGCCUCUGUGUUUUAUACUUUAGUGAUUCCCAUGCUUAACCCCUUGAUCUACAGCUUAAGGAACAAAGAAGUGAAAAAUGCCUUCCAAAGGGUCUUAAAGAAUAAGUGCAAACUUAGUAUCUAA